CCUGCUCUAUAGCUCUCUCUCUCUCUCUCAAAAACGUCUUCAGAACUAAAAUCCAAAGCAGGUUGAAGAAAUCACUUAAAAACGAAAAAGAUGGUGAUCUAAUUUUAUGAUUAUAUUAUCAGGCAUCUCAUUUGUAUGUCAACCAUCUUUCUUGUUUUCUUACCUUGGCUUUUCAGUUCUCUCUAGCUUUGGAUUUCUUCUUCUUCUUCUUCUUCAUCUUCUUGUCCCUUUGUUUUCCUCCUUUAUCCCAAUUCUGGUCGUCUUCUUUAUAUCUUUAAUCUUUCCCACAUGUACUCUGAGAUCAACUCACUUACGUUCAUGGGUGUGUCCGAUUCUCAGAUGCUUUUCUCUGAUAAAGAUCUGAAUGCUAUGAAAUUGAAUUUCCUAGCAAAACCCACGUUGGAAUUCCAAGAUCAGUGCCCAACUGCACCUUCAAAAGAUCAUGGGCUUAUCAAAAAACCUGAAGUGAAAGAAAAAGAAGAUCAAGAAGUACAAGAUCAUGAAGAAAAAGAAGAUAAAUGCAACAUUUCAGUACUAUCAUCUUUGCGGCUCAAAAUUCCACCUCCAGGAGAAUUCAGGGACGUCGAAGAUGAUGAUGAUGGGUUCAAGACUCCAACUUCUUUGGAUAAUAAAAUCCCAGUGGUUCUUCAAUGCCCUCCUGCACCAAGAAAACUCAAACCGAGAGCAGUACAGACAAAACGAAGAGGCGCCGCUCGACGAAGAAUUCUGCUUGAUCUGUCAAAUGAGAUUGAAUCUUUGUUCCCUCCAGCUCUUCUAGUAGAUCUUAGCGGUAAGAUUAAGAAAAUUACAGAAAGGAGAUGAAGCCAGACGAUAGUUUUCGAUCCGUAUGCUGAAAGCUUAUUUCUUCUUCUUAAAAUGGAAGUUUCCACAUAAAAUUCCAUUUUUAUCUAUGAAAAUGAUGUUUGUGAUCAUUAUCAAUGUCAUUUCUUCUUCAAUUUCAUAUUUAAUUUUAUCGAUCUGUUU